AUGGAUUCCAGGGAGGGGGGGUGGACGAAAGGGCCGGGGGGCCCCCUGCGUCACACCGAGAGCGCCGGGGGCGGUCACGUGUCCUGCAGGCCCGACGUCAUAAGUACGGGACUGCUCAUUCCACGUGACUCGGCUGCUGUGCCCCCCCCUGGCUCUAGCCUCAUGGAGGGGGGGCGAGCCCCUGGAGUGGGAGACCCCGUGUUAGCCUUGUAG